CUGAUUGCAUGUAAUUCUACCUGCGUUGCUGUGUUCGACGCCAGUGUUUCUGCAAGGUUAAAAAAAAGUGAUGCCAGCAUCCGCACGUAGAGAGAGAGAGAGAAAGAGAGGGAGCGAGAGCUGGAGGGGGGGACAUCCGUGUUUUGAAAUUGGAAUAUCAGCUGGAGUGACUCAACAAUGUGUUGAAACGUCUCUGCUCUCCUCUUGCCUUGUGUGUAAAAAGUAAGGGAUUUAAAGUGAGGAGGCCACGGACGCUCCUGUUACCGGCCCGUGACCUUCCAGAGUCCAGGAUGAACGCGGCAGAGCAGACGGUAACGUGGCUCAUCACGCUCGGGGUCCUGGAGUCUCCCAAGAAAAGCAUCUCUGAUCCAGAGGCUUUCCUUCAGACGUCUCUGCAGGACGGGGUCGUGCUGUGCAGGCUGCUGGAGCGACUGAGACCGGGGACGACGGACAAAUUUUUCCAGGAGCCGAGGACCGACGGGGAACGUCAAAGGAACAUUAGCGAGUUCAUCAAAGGUUGCGGGGCUUUCGGCGUGGAGCCUUUUGAGGUCAAUGACCUCUUUCAGGGACUCAGCUUCCCCAAGGUCCUAAACUCCCUGGUUGCGCUGAACAAAGCCACUGAAGAAUCAGGUUCCAACUUGUGUGUCCCACGCUCCGCCACACUGAGGAUUAAAUCUUUCGAUUCGCUGAACAGUCAAAGUCGCUCGUCCAAAUUGCCGCCACCUCAGUACCACAGCCUCGACAUGUCGGAGGGAAGUGGGUGUGGCCAUUUUCUGGUCAAGGCACGCUUCGCCUUCCAGCAGACAAAUGAGGACGAACUGUCUUUCUCCAAGGGCGACAUCAUCAGUGUGAGCAGGCAGGAGGAGGGGGGCUGGUGGGAAGGUUCACUCAAUGGCAAGAGUGGCUGGUUCCCCAGUAACUACGUGCGGGAGCUGAAAGGAAAUGACAAAGCAGCUGACAAACCAAAGUCCGGGACGUUGAGAAGUCCUCCAAAAGGUUUUGACACAUCUAUCAUCAGUAAAACCUACUACAAUGUCGUUUUACAGAACAUCCUGGAAGCAGAGAGCGAAUAUUCAAGGGAGCUACAAAGUCUUCUGGUGUCAUACCUGCGCUCCCUCCAACCCACCGACAGGCUGAGCAGCGUCGACAUCAGCCACAUUCAAGGAAAUCUAGAGGAGAUCUCGACCUUCCAGCAGAUGUUGGUUCAGUCCUUGGAGGAGCAUACAAAGCUUCCAGAAUGCCAGCAAAGGAUCGGAGGCUUUUUCCAGAGUCUAAUGCCCCAGAUGAAGACCCUUUAUGUGGCCUACUGCGCAAACCAUCCAUCUGCUGUCAAUGUGCUGACUCAGCAAAGCGAGGAGCUGGGGGAGUACAUGGAGUCCAGGGGGGCAUCCAGUCCGGGGAUUCUGACUCUGACCACCAGUUUGAGUAAACCCUUCACUCGGCUGGAGAAAUACCCCGCCCUUCUGAAGGAACUGGACAGACACAUGGAGGACCAGCACCCAGACAGAGGUGACCUCCAAGCUUCUAUGACGUCAUUCCAAAGCCUUGCCGCUGUGUGCCAAGAAACGAGGAAAAAGAAGGAUCUGGAGUUACAGAUUUUAACUGAGCCAAUCAGGAACUGGGAGGGCGACGACAUCAAGACCCUCGGCCCUGUUCUUCACAUGUCCCAGGCUGCCGUCUGCUCUCAGAACUGUCAGGGGUCCAGCGAGCGUUACCUUGUGCUCUUCCCUCACACGCUGCUCUUCCUUUCUGCAAGUCUGAGGAUGAGUGGAUUCAUCUACCAGGGGAAGAUGCCACUGUCGGGCAUGCUGAUCUCCAGGAUAGAAGAUGGGGAAAACCUGAGGAAUGCUUUUGAAAUUUCUGGUUCGCAGUGUGAGCGGAUGCAGGUGGCGUGCAACAAUCAGCAGGAUCUACUGGACUGGCUGGACCUUCUCACCAAACACACACACACUCCUGCUGCACACGCACACAAGCCUCAGUCUGUGUGUCACACAUUGCCCUCCCUGCCCGCCACCCCUUCCAGACACUCAGAGUCUUGUGGCGGCGGCAGCGGACACACCUACCACACCCUCCCCCAUCCUUCCACGUGCGGGCCGCUGGAGCCACCGAGUGCCCCAAACCCCUGGAGCAUGAGCUGCCUUCGUCCGGCACCUCCUCUGCGGCCGUCUGCUGCCCUUUCCAACAAGGAGGAUAUGAGCAAGAGUCCAAAAAAUAUGAAGAAGCUGCUUCCCAAGAGGAAGCCUGAAAGGAAACCCUCGGAAGAGGACUUCACCAUCAGAAAGAGUACAGCAGCCCUCGAGGAGGACGCCCAGAUACUAAAAGUGAUUGAGGCGUACUGUACGAGCGCCAAGACGAGACAGACUCUCAACUCCACUUUCAGCUCUAACGAGGCUUUUCUCUCCUCUCCCACGUUUUUUUCCACCUCCACCCUUUCUGUGCAUUAUUAUUUCUCACUUUCUGCCCAUUAUGAUUAUUACACAAAUAUUUUUUACUUCAUUUUGUCCUGCACCCCAACAUCUGCGGUUUGUGUUCCUGCUAUCGCUGCACCCGCACCGUUGUCCCACCGCUGGUGGCUGUAUGGGGCAGCCUGGCAAGGGACUGAUCUCAUGCACAACCAUGUGCUCGCCGACUCCAGCCUCCUGGCGACCGGCAUCCCGGGUAACCUGCCGUGCUCCGACCAGUCAGAGGACUCGGAUUAUGACAGUAUCUGGACCGCCGCUAGUUACAGGACCGCUUCGUUUUCUCGCUCCAGCAGGAGGGACGUCCACAUGCUGUUCCCAGAGGAGGAGAAGAUCAUAGUGGAGGAAACGAGGAGUAACGGACAAACUGUGAUGGAAGAGAGGAGCCUGGUGGACACCGUGUACAGUUUGAGAGACGAGGUCCAGGAGCUCAAACAGGACAACAAGAGGAUGAAGAGGACUUUAGAGGAGGAGCAGCGAGCCAGGAAAGAGCUGGAGAGGAUCAUCAGGAGAGUUCUGAAGAACAUGAAUGACCCGACCUGGGAUGAGACCAACCUCUGACACGCAAAGAGCGUUUCGCCUUCUCGUCGGGACUCAUCCCAAACGACUAGUGAUCUAGUCGGUAAGAUGACGUCAAAUCCUGUUGUUCCUUCUGGUUUGUUUGCGUUCUCAAAACCAAAGCAAUACGAUACUGGACAUGAUUCUUAUGAUGCCAAUUAUGUCAUUUAACAGAUACUGGGGUUUUUUUGUAUUGUGAUUGUUUUUUUACGCUGUACUUUUUUGUAACACAUCAUUUUUUCAGUAUUAAGAUUGUUUGUCAUCAACAUUCCUUGAUCCCAAACUAUUAAGCUUAGCAAUAUCAGCCAUAAAUGAAACACCUGUCACAUUGAAAACCUCUAUUAACCUCUAUUAUUCCUAAUUAUUGUGUUUAAUUGUGGCGAUUCUCACAUCCCUAUUUAUGUCACCAGCGUGUCAGCAAAUGUGAAAUAAAGUGAUAACUCCACUGAUUAAACAGGUCUGGUUAGUUUAAUCUUGGUAGGUUUUGGUUUAGUCUAGCGUUAUUUUUGUUUUCUAAAUACGUGACAUAGCUGUCAUCGAGAAUGCAAUUAGAAUAGCUAUCACCCUUUUCCGAUAUCGCUAACAUAUUCUGUACUUACUUAUUUCUACCACUAGAUGUUGUAAAAUUACGGAGCCUUGCGUAAGUUGAGGUUGUAGACAUCUUAUAUUGCCUUAUCGCAUGUGCUCGAUCGUACAACGCUGCGCAACUUUACUGCGCACGCUAUGGCAAUGGAGAAGGAACAUUACAGAAUCACCGCUUCUUGCACACAACUUGCACAGUACAUGACAGAUGUCACCACGUAUUUCCUAUUCAUUCUUCACGAGGUCUGUAAUUUUUUCGCUUAAGCACUGGCCUGUUUUUGUUUGGGGUCGACAAGGUGAUUCGACACUAAGUAAAUACACAGCCAGUUAUGCCCACAGCGACGCUAAUAAUCAUACUUUUUACUCGUUGGAUGAUUUGUCUACCGUUGUAUUUUGAACUUCCGCCUGCAGGACGUGUUACGACGAUGUUGCCUGAGUGUUGCCGAGCGGACCGGAAGCUAUUCCGCGCUGAUUUUUUUUCCCCCAAAUUAAAGUUACAUUUGAAAAAUACGGGUGUCUUUUAAAAUGAAUGGUGACGAGAAAGAAGGACAAAAACGGGAUUUUCCCCAUGAAAACUAGCUACGUGGUGGCCGUGAAAAAUUUCUGCGCCAAUUUAUUCUCCGCCACUGGCCGUGACCACCAUAGACAUAUAUAGACGCCGCAUCGAGUGCGUUUUUUCCACUGCUGCGAUACGUCAACGUCGCCGCCAUAUUGGAUGUGUCAAGGCUGCGCUAUAAAUGAAUACAAGUAUAUGUACUUUUCAUAAAGCGCCUUUCUACAAAGAAAUUUUACUUAAUAUGUAGUUAGUAUAUGGAUGUAUAACCGAGAGUCCCUGCAUUAAUUUACAGCGCAGCCUUGACAUAUCCAAUAUGGCGGCGACGUUGACGUACGGCUCAGCGCUCGAUGCGGCGUCCACUUAUACUUGUAUAUGGCUAUGGUAGCCACCCCACUGGCCAUCUAGACAUUUCAGGUAUCAACUUAUUUUCACCCCUAUGUGAUUAAUGGUUUCACCUUGGCCACCCUAAACAAAAAAUUCUGCCUCCGCCACUGUUGACAGGUGUAUUGUCAAGAUCACCAUUUCGUGUACUAGAUGUCACCCUGUCUUUUAGUAAUAAAGAAGCGUGUUUGUAGUCAAAUGUGUGUACUGUUCUGGUUCGCCUACUAAUAAAACAUCGAAGUUUGUUUUGUGAUGCUAGUUAGCCAUCUCUCUCAAGCACAUUGUCUUCUUCAUCUGUGCUUGUCGUCAGUGUCCAAGUAAUGCCAUCUACUGGUAGCUAGUAGCUAGCACACGUAUCAUGCCGGUGUAUGAAUGAAUGUGUAUUCAACGACUUUGUUUUCUGGCCUGAUGAAA